AUGGAAACAUCUUCAAACUCUACCUAUUGUAGUUUACCAUGCAUCGUCCCCACCCACUGGGUCCUAGUUCAGGUUGACGCUUCAUACACGGGAGCAUAUAACCAUUCAGGUCUUGGGGGUUGGUUGAGGAAUAAUCAAGACAUAUGGUUAGCUGGUUUCCAGAAAAAGGUUUAUGCUGUCGAUGUACUAAUGGCGGAACUCUUGGGCAUAAUCGAAGGCCUAGCGUUGGCCAAACGUGGAGGUUUUGACUAUGUGGCAUGCAAACAGGAAUUCAAGGACAUCCAGUUCACAUUCGUGAAGCGUGAGAAGAACAAGGUUGCGGAUUUUCUUGCCCGUGACUGUAGAAGAGAUGUUAGAAAUCUAAAUGUUGUUAGGGAUUUACCCCUUCCCCCUACUGAGUGUAUGAACUUAUUAUUGACGGAUUGUUGUAGGCUUCCAGGCCAAAACUCUGGUUAA